UCAAAUUUGAUAUCGGUUGAUUUUUCAACAUUUAAUUAGCUAUUUCAAUGUUCCAUUUGAUCAAUCAAAGGUAGUUUUUGUGGCUACAGCAAAUAGGAUGCAGCCUAUUCCUCCAGCGCUUCUGUAUAGGAUGGAAAUGAUCGAGGGAUAUACACCUGAGGAAAAACUUCAAAUAGCCUUGAAGCAUUUGAUUCCAAGAGUUUUGGACCAACAUGGAUUGAGUUAUGAGUUUAUUCAUAUUCCUGAGGCGAUGGUGAAAAUUGUCAUUCAGAGAUAUACUAGGGAAGCUGGUGUGCGGAAUUUGGAGAGGAAUCUUGCUGCCCUGGCUCGUGCUGCUGCAGUAAGAGUUGUCGAGCAAGAACAAGUGGUUUCAUUAAACAAAGGGGUGCAAGGACUUUCUACCCCAUUGGUUGUUGAUGAAACCAUGCUUGAAAAAGUUCUUGGGCCUCCAAGGUUUGAUGAUAGAGAAACUGCAGAGCGUGUGGCUUCCCCUGGGGUCUCUGUUGGGCUUGUUUGGACUGCUUUUGGCGGAGAAGUUCAGUUUGUUGAGGCUACAGCAAUGGUAGGGAAGGGUAAACUGCAUCUCACUGGACAACUUGGUGAUGUAAUCAAAGAAUCAGCUCAGAUAGCACUCUCAUGGGUAAGGACAAGGGCGUCUGAUCUUAGACUGGCUGCUGCAAUGGGAUUUAAUCUUUUGGAGGGUUGUGAUGUACAUAUUCAUUCUUCUGCGGAUGCUGUUCCUAAAGAUGGGCCCUCGGCAGGUGUGACUGUAGUCACAUCAUUGGUUUCACUUUUCACUCAGAAACGUGUGAGAUCAGAUACAGCUAUGACCGGAGAAAUGACAUUGCAUGGACUAGUUCUACCUGUUGGUGGUGUCAAGGAUAAGGUAUUAGCUGCCCAUCGUUAUGGUAUCAAGAGAGUUAUCCUGCCUGAAAGGAACCUGAAAGACUUGGUUGAAGUACCAUCAGUGCUUGCCAAUUUGGAGAUACUGGUUGCAAAACGAAUAGAAGAUGUGUUAGAGCAUGCUUUUGACGGUGGGUGUCCAUGGAGACAACACUCUAACUUAUAGCCUUAUUCUUGACUUACAACAACAAGUAUUUGUACACCUCAUGUUUCAAUCAUUAAUGGCUUGUAUGUCGAUUGAGCGUCAUGAACUCUGAAUGUUCUAUGGAUGAUGUAUCUUUUUUAUUGGGAUUUUAUUUUGUAAAAUUAAUCGAUUUUUUAAUAUGAAUA